CUUUUCCCGACUUCCUUUCUUCGUCUCUCUCUAUUUGGCGAAGUGUGGUUCGAUCGAUUCUCUAAUCGUGGAGUUUUCAAUCUACAAGGAAUCUGGAAUUUUGUGUGUGUGUUUUAUUUGCCGGAGAUGAGAAGCGGCGUCUUGGAAAUGAUGUCAUCUUCGUCGGGGAUUUUGUCGUCUUCUUCGGCGGCGGCAAUCGUAGCGCUUAAUCUGAAAGAGGCUAAGAAUUGGUGGUCGGACGUGAACGAAUCUCCGGUGUGGCAAGAUCGUAUCUUUCAUAUCCUCGCUGUUCUUUAUGGGAUUGUUUCCGUCAUUGUUGUGCCUUCUAGGUUCCAAUUGGUAAGAAUACAAUUGAGGGUUCCUGAAUAUGGCUGGACUACACAAAAGGUCUUUCAUUUUCUCAAUUUCCUAGUGAACGGAGUUCGAGCUUUAGUUUUUGUCUUCCGGCGAGAUGCACAGAAUAUGCAGCCAGAGGUUUGGUGUCUCCAUUGUGUCAUUGUGAUUUAACCUCAUUGAUUGAUGGUGGUCUAUGUCCAAGUCGACGAUUAGCAUCGCCAGAAGAAGAAGCAAGUUCAGAGAGAACUCAAAGGUAUUGUUGAACCCUUGAUGAGUUCCUUGACGUAAUAGCCAAGGCACAAGGGUUAAGUAAUUGCUCUGCCCAUCUCUCUUGACUUGUUUGAUUUUUUCUUGCUCCUUGCUGAUUUUUUCUUGCUCCUUACAAUUACAAUUAAUCUUUUUUCUUGCUCCUAGACUUGUUUGUUUAAAAU